AUGAGUCGUCGUAUGGGAGGAGGUAUGCCAAAGAUAAACUUAUCUGGCGCUAUUCCAAAUAAUAAUACAUCAACACCAUCAACACCAACUUUAAGAAGUUCAGUAUCUGUAUCAUCAAGCAACAGCAGAGGUUUAUUUUUAGCCUAG